CUCUCUCUCUCUCCCCCUUGGCCUAACCACUUCAUCUCCCCUUAAUUUCUCCAUAAAUUUGCCUACUUCACUGCUUCCCCCCUUCCUCUUAUGCAUGAUUACUUUGGAGGUUGAAAAGAAUUCAGAAAGAAACCAUAUUAUAAUCAAGCUUUAGUUUCUUUGUGCAUGUAGUAGUGGCAUUCCAUGUGCCUUGGAAUCACAUUUCUAUACUUUGUGUUAUUAAACCCCCACCGUCCAUUAAUAUCCUCGCUCACUCCUAUACCAAGGUCAAUAAUAUAAGCUUGCUUCUUAUUAGUGAAAAUGGGUGAAGAAGCUAAGCAGGAACAAGCCAAGGCAGAGGCUAAGCCAGAGGAGAAGAAGAAAGAAAAUGCAGAGGAGAAGAAAGAAGAGAAACCAGCAGAGGAAGAAAAGAAGGAAGAACCAAAGCCACCAUCUCCAUUUGUCUUGUUUGUGGACUUGCAUUGUGUGGGAUGUGCCAAGAAGAUUGAGAGGUCCAUCAUGAAGAUUAGAGGUGUGGAGGCGGUUGCGAUGGAUAUGGCACAAAACCAAGUGACUAUAAAGGGAAUAGUGGAACCUCAAGCUGUGUGUAAUAAAAUCAUGAAGAAAACCAAAAGAAGAGCUAAAGUUUUGUCUCCAUUGCCUGAAAAUGAGGGUGAACCAAUGCCCCAAGUUGUUACUUCACAGGUAAGUGGAUUAACAACUGUGGAGCUUCAUAUCAACAUGCACUGUGAAGCAUGUGCAGAGCAACUAAAGAAAAAGAUUCUCAAAAUGAGAGGAGUGCAAACAGCAGUGACAGAUUUUAGCAGCAGCAAAGUCACAGUGACUGGGACAAUGGAGGCAAACAAACUAGUUGAAUAUGUUUAUAUACGCACCAAAAAGCAGGCCAGGAUAGUGCCACAACCUGAGCCUGAACCUGAACCAGCGAAGGAAGAGGAGAAAAAAGAAGAAGAGAAACCAGCAGAAGAAGCAAAACCAGCUGAAGAGAAAAAAGAAGAGAAGAAAGAAGAGGAAAAACCAGCAGAAGAGGGUGGUGGUGGUGGUGAAAACCCUGAAAAAAAUGAGAAGAAGGAAGAUGAAGGGAAGAAGGAAGGAGUAGAAAAUAUAGACAUCAUCAACGUUGAUGAGGAAAACAUGAAGAGAAUGAUGCAUUAUUACCACCCACUGUAUGUGAUAGAGAGAAUACCACCUCCUCAGUUAUUCAGUGAUGAGAAUCCCAAUGCAUGUUGCAUCUCAUGAUCUUCUAAUAAUAUUGAUAAUCAAACUCUUUUAUGGCUCUGACGAGGUUAAAUUAACGAUCGAGAAUGUUUAAAUUC